AUGGCAUCGUUCCUUAGGAGUAGGCUUGGGCCGCAACUCGCCCGCACGGCAAGUCGAAGAUGGGCUGUGCCGACUCUUCAACGCUCACUGGCAUCGGCCGCACCUUCUUCUGGAACCAAGCAUGGCCUCGAAUAUCACACGGUCGAGGACUUGCACUCGAUGGAUCUACAGUCGGUUUUAGGCGAAACGGGUACUCGCAAAGAUGCUACUAUGAGGCAUUUUACCGUUAACUUUGGGCCACAACACCCCGCCGCCCACGGUGUGCUUCGUCUUAUUCUCGAGCUCAAUGGAGAGGAAAUCCUGCGUGCCGAUCCCCAUAUUGGUUUGCUCCACCGCGGUACUGAGAAAUUGAUCGAAUACAAGACGUACACUCAAGCGCUGCCCUACUUUGAUCGCUUAGACUACGUAUCCAUGAUGACCAACGAGCAAUGCUAUUCAUUAGCAGUAGAAAAGUUGUUGAAUAUUGAGGUUCCUGAGCGCGCCCAAUGGAUCCGAACCCUGUUUGGUGAAAUUACUCGUAUUUUGAAUCAUUUGAUGGCGGUCCUAACACAUGCUAUGGACGUUGGUGCUCUGACACCCUUCCUUUGGGGUUUCGAGGAGCGCGAAAAGCUUAUGGAAUUCUAUGAACGCGUCUCGGGUGCCCGUCUUCAUGCCGCAUAUGUCCGACCAGGAGGUGUUGCAUUCGAUCUUCCUCACGGCCUGCUCGAGGAUAUCCACAAAUGGUCUACUCAGUUUAGUUCCCGUGUCGAUGAAAUUGAGGAAGUCGUUACUGGGAAUCGUAUCUGGAAGGCGCGCACGAUUGGGAUCGGCAAGGUGACGGCACAGGAAGCUCUGGACUAUAGUUUCUCAGGUGUGAUGCUCCGAGGAUCCGGUGUGCCUUGGGAUAUUCGAAAGGUCCAACCAUACGACAAGUAUGCCGAGUGCUUGAACAAGAUGCCAACCGGUGUUGUCAAAGUAGACGACUAUAAGUUGGUUCCGCCUCCUCGUGCGUCAAUGAAGGAAAGCAUGGAGGCACUUAUUCACCACUUCAAGCUAUUCAGCGAGGGCUACUCUGUACCUCCUGGCGAGACCUACUCUGCAAUCGAGGCGCCCAAGGGAGAAAUGGGUGUUUACCUUGUCUCCGACGGAUCUAACCGCCCCUAUCGAUGCAAGAUUCGUGCCCCCGGGUUUGCUCAUCUAGCUGGAUCAGACUUUAUGAUGAGACAUCACUUUUUGCCUGACGCCGUCGCUGUCAUCGGUACCAUGGAUCUUGUGUUUGGUGAGGUUGAUCGUUGA